GGAGAGUGCGCGGCGGGCGGCGGCGGCCGGGGAGGCCCGGGAGGCCGCGGCGCGGUCACUGCGAGCCGAGCCGAGCCGCGCCGCGCCGAUCGCCAUCCGGCCCCGGCUCCCUCGCGCGAUCCCGGCCGGUGGCGCGGCCCGGCGGGCCCGGCGGCGCCGCAGCCCAUGGAGCUCGAGAACAUUGUAGCGAACACGGUGCUACUCAAGGCCCGGGAAGGCGGUGGCGGGAAUCGCAAAGGCAAAAGCAAGAAAUGGCGGCAGAUGUUGCAGUUCCCCCACAUCAGCCAGUGUGAAGAGCUGCGGCUCAGCCUUGAGCGUGACUACCACAGCCUGUGCGAGCGGCAGCCCAUUGGGCGCCUGCUGUUCCGAGAGUUCUGCGCCACGAGGCCCGAGCUGACCCGUUGCACUGCCUUCCUGGACGGGGUGGCUGAGUAUGAAGUGACCCCAGAUGAGAAGCGGAAGGCAUGUGGGCGGCGGCUGAUGCAGAAUUUUCUGAGCCACACGGGUCCUGACCUCAUCCCCGAGGUUCCCCGGCAACUGGUGACUAACUGUGCCCAGCGGCUGGAGCAAGGGCCCUGCAAAGACCUCUUCCAGGAGCUCACCCGGCUGACCCAUGAGUACCUGAGCGUGGCCCCUUUUGCCGACUACCUCGACAGCAUCUACUUCAACCGUUUCCUGCAGUGGAAGUGGCUGGAAAGGCAGCCAGUGACCAAAAACACCUUCAGGCAGUACCGUGUCCUGGGCAAAGGCGGCUUUGGGGAGGUAUGCGCCUGCCAGGUGCGGGCAACAGGCAAAAUGUAUGCCUGCAAGAAGCUGGAGAAGAAGCGGAUCAAGAAGCGGAAAGGGGAAGCCAUGGCCCUCAAUGAGAAGCAGAUCCUGGAGAAAGUGAACAGUAGGUUUGUAGUGAGCUUGGCCUACGCCUAUGAGACCAAGGAUGCGCUGUGCCUGGUGCUGACGCUGAUGAACGGGGGCGACCUCAAGUUCCACAUCUACCACAUGGGCCAGGCUGGCUUCCCAGAGCCGCGGGCAGUCUUCUAUGCAGCGGAGAUCUGCUGUGGCCUGGAGGACCUGCACCGGGAACGCAUCGUAUACAGGGACCUGAAGCCAGAGAACAUUCUACUGGAUGACCAUGGUCAUAUCCGCAUCUCUGACCUGGGGCUGGCAGUGCAUGUACCCGAGGGCCAGACGAUCAAGGGCCGUGUGGGCACCGUGGGCUACAUGGCCCCAGAGGUGGUGAAGAACGAAAGGUACACGUUCAGCCCAGACUGGUGGGCUCUGGGCUGCCUCCUGUAUGAGAUGAUCGCAGGCCAGUCGCCCUUCCAGCAGAGGAAAAAGAAGAUCAAGCGGGAGGAGGUGGAGCGCUUGGUGAAGGAGGUGCCCGAGGAGUACUCGGAGCACUUUUCCCCGCAGGCCCGCUCGCUCUGCUCCCAGCUCCUCUGCAAAGACCCUGCUGAGCGCCUGGGGUGUGGUGGGGGCGGUGCCCGAGAAGUAAAGGAGCACCCCCUCUUCAAGAAGCUAAACUUCAAGCGACUGGGAGCUGGCAUGCUAGAACCGCCCUUCAAGCCUGAUCCCCAGGCCAUUUACUGCAAGGAUGUUCUGGACAUCGAACAGUUCUCCACAGUUAAGGGUGUGGAGCUGGAGGCCACUGAUCAGGACUUCUACCAGAAAUUUGCCACAGGCAGUGUGCCCAUCCCCUGGCAGAACGAGAUGGUGGAGACCGAGUGCUUCCAGGAGCUAAAUGUCUUUGGGAUAGAUGGCUCGGUUCCCCCAGACCUGGACUGGAAGGGCCAGCCGCCCGCACCUCCCAAGAAGGGACUGCUGCAGAGGCUAUUCAGUCGCCAGAGGUGAGCAGUGUGGGCUCCCCGUGGGUUGGCCUUGCUGCCUGGCCUCGGGGAGCCACAGGCAGCCCUUCCAUGGCAGAGGCGAGAUGUGGGCGAAAGAAGUCUGGUGCCCGCUCCCCACCCCCCUCCCCACUGCUUCUGUGCCCCGCACCCUGGCACCUGCAAGCUGCUAGCCUUGCUUAGCCAUCUGUGUCCCCGUGCCAUGCCUCCGCCAGUCCCAGGGGAGAGGGCCCUGGCCGAGACCGGGGUCCGCCUGGUCCCCCUUACUUCAGCCUGUUGUCAGCCGCCUCUGCACUGAUGUCCACACAUGUCGGGCUGGAGCUGCUGCUCCAGGGCCCUCGUGGGGAGCCCCCUCCUCAGAGCACGGCCCGGGCAGCUCCCGGUCUGCCCGGGCGGCACCAGCCCGGUGACGGCACUGGUGGCUAAUGGCACCCGCUCUGCCUCUCUUCCUCCGUGUCUUCCCUGCCCUCCAGGACUGCUGUGGGAACUGCAGCGACAGCGAGGAAGAGCUUCCAGCCCGCCUCGAGCUCCCCACCCGCCUCUAGCCCCCAGCCUGAGGCCCCCCCGGGCGGCUGGCGGUAGCAGCUACUCGGAGCGCUGUUUACAGUUUUGCACAGUGGUCUUCCCCAUUGUCCACUCAAGUCGUGGCCUGGGGAACGCAGCCAAGCAGUCCCCAGUGCCCUCUGCCCCUCAGCCCCUGGUCUGGCUGAGUUUGGCAAGGCCUGGGCUGUCCCUGGGACAAAGGUGCGUCCCUUCGGCUCUUGUCUGUGGAGCUCGGGGCUUUCUGUAUUUAUGUCUUUGUACGAAUGUA